UAAUGCUCUUAUUUUGACCCCACUCUUCCUAUUCUCCAGCUGUUAUAAAUCUCAGUGAAUAUAUUGCUUGGAAGAACACAACCAAAUUCUCUAUGCCUCUCUUUAAUCUUUCACUUUCGUAUCGAGUUCUACAUUGUGCGCUUUCACCUUUAAUUUUCAUAACAAAUUCUACACUGCUACUCUUUAAUUUCAUACCAAAUUCUUCAUUGCUCUUUAAGCUUUCAUUUUCACACCAAAUUCUCAAACACUGCUACUCUUCCAUUUCAUACCAAAUUCUCCAUUCCCACUCUCCGAUCUUUCAUUUUCGUACCAAAUUCUUCAUUGUCGCUCUUUCAGCUUUCAUAUUCAUACCAAAUAUUCCAUUGCCGCUCUUUCAGCCUUCAUUUCACACCAAAUUCUCCUUCACUACUUCUUUUUGAACAUUCAUUUCAUAUCACCUUUACUUCCCAGUUACUAAUUAAAGAAACACCUAAAAAGGCUUAUUACUAAACCAUAGCAGCUAUGGAAUUCUUAACUAUUGUUGUAGAUAAAUCCACAGAUUGCUUGAUCCAUCCAGUUGUGCGAUGGUUUGGCUAUUUGUUUUACUACAAGAGAAACAUCAAUUCUCUAGAAAAAGAAUCUGAGAGGCUAGAGAAUGUCAGAAAUGGGGUGCAGCUACGAGAGGAGGCUGCCCAGAGAAACUUACAUAAACUUGCACCAAACAUCCAGGCUUGGUUAACUAGUGUUGAUACCACUACUGCAGAUGUAAAAGGUGUGAUGCAAUGUAGAGCUGAAGUUGAAAGAGUCUGUUUCUUUGGUUGGUGUCCAAACUUGAAGUCACGUUACUUGCUGAGCAGAAGAGCUACGAAAAUUGCCUUGGAUGUGAUUGAACUUCGAACUGAAGGCAACAAUUAUGUUGAUUUCUCCUAUCCUGUACCACCAAUUGAAGUUGAAGCUAUACCUAACAAUGUUGAGGAGUUUGACUCCCGAAAAAAGAAAGAGGAAGAGGUCAUGGAAGCUUUGAGAGAUGAAAGGGUCACUACUGUUGGGAUAUGUGGGAUGGGUGGUGUCGGUAAGACGAAACUAGCUGAGAAAAUAAAAGCAAGGGCCAAACAAGAAAGACUGUUCGAUGAGGUUGUCAUGGUAACUGUCAGUCAGCAACCAGACUUUAAAAAAAUACAGGGUGAGAUCGCAAGAGAAGUCGGGCUGACAUUGGAAGGGGAUAAUUUGUGGAGUCGUGGAGAUCGGCUGCGUUCAAGGUUAAUGUAUAAGGACAGUCGCGUCCUUGUAAUUUUGGAUGAUGUUUGGGCGUUUGUUGAUCUAAAGAGGCUCGGAAUUCCCAGUGGUAGCGACCACAACUAUUGGUGCAAAGUUAUAUUGAUGACGCGUCUCCGAGAUGUUUGUGAUGCUGUGGAGUCGCAAAAGAUCGUAGAAGUUGGAGUUUUAUCUGAAAAGGAAGCAUGGGUUCUUUUCAGGCAGAAAGCCGGUGAUUCGGUUGAUGAUCCUUCUCUUCUUCACAUAACAAAAGAUGUUGCGGAAGAAUGCAAGGGGUUGCCGCUUGCAAUUGUUACAGUUGCUGGAGCACUAAAGCGUAAAACCAAGCCUUCGUGGGAGGAUGCCCUUAAACAGUUACAAAAAUCAGCACCAAGAAACAUCCCAGGAGUGCUUACAAAUGUGUAUCAACCUUUGAAGGUAAGCUACAAUCACUUGGAAAGUGAUGAAGCCAGGUACGUCUUUUUGCUUUGCUCCUUGUUUGAGGAAGAUAGAGAUAUUUGGACUGAAGAAUUACUCCGAUACGGAAUGGGGCUUGACAUCUUUUCUGAAAUCGAAAAUUUUGAACAUGCAAGAAAUAGGAUGUGUCUUCUAUUAGAAACACUGAAAGAUAGCUUCUUGCUAUCCCUAGGUUCAGACAAACGUUUUGUCAAAAUGCAUGAUGUGGUUCGUGACGUGGCUAUAUAUAUUGCAUCUGAGGGUAAUCAUAUUUUAAUGGUAAGUCACGAUGUGAACUCGGAAGAGUUCCCAAGAAAAGACUCUUACGAGCAAUACAGUCACAUGUCAAUUGUUGCAAAUAAAUUUGAUGAGCUUCCUGGACCAAUAUUAUGCCCAAAAUUGAAGCUUCUAAUGUUGAAGCUCUGUUUUGGAGAUCCAUUCAAAUUGCAGGAUGAUUUUUUUUAUGGAAUGAGCAAACUCAAUGUCUUAAGCAUAGAGGGAGUCAACUAUGAUGCCUUCAUUCAGACACUUCCAACGUCCAUUCAGAGGUUGUCAAAUCUGAGGACGCUGUGUUUGACUGAUUUAAUGUUGGAUGACAUAUCCAUUAUUGGGGAACUUGUCACUUUAGAAAUUCUCAGCAUCAGAAAGUCUUAUUUAGUGGAGCUGCCAGUGGAGAUUGGAAAAUUGACCAAUCUAAUUAUGUUAGAGUUUGUUCGGAAGGAGGAGGAUGGAGGUCUUAUAAGGAUUUCACCAGGGGUCUUAUCAAGGCUAGUUCGAUUGGAGGAACUACAUGUGGAGGGAAUACAAGAUUGUAGUUACUCCACCUUGAGGGAGCUGGAAUCCACAUCGAGAUUGACCGCACUGACAUUAGAUGAAUGUUCUGAAGAUGUGAUUUACAGUAACUUGGGCCUUUCCUCCAAGUUGACGCGGUACAUUCUUCAUGUGGGUGGAGAUGACACAGACAGUUCAAGCACGGAUAAUUACAGCAAAAUUAUUGGUUUAGAGGUCACUGAGACUGCCCCAUUGGGUGAUUGGAUCUGCCGCCUGUUGAGGCAGAGCGAAGUUGUACACUCAACAGGAAAAGGCUCCAAGAAUGUACUGACCGAGUUGCAGCGGGAUGGAUUUCAGAAUGUGGAAGAUCUCCGCCUCUAUGAAUGUGAUUCAUUGACACAUUCACUGAAUAUCUAUUGCCAGAAUAAUAUUCCGUUCCCCAAACUCAAAAGAUUGGUGGUAAGCGAGUGUGGUGGUCUACAGUAUGUCUUUCGUGUAUCAUGGGCUGGAGUGAGUUCGACAGUAGCUUGUCCCGCUGAAGAUGAGGAAACGGAGAUCUCUCACAAGACACAUAUCGGACAGGGAAUAAUCAAGUUCCCAAAUUUAUAUGAGUUGGAGCUUCGUCGUCUACCAUGCUUCACUCACUUUUGCUAUGACACUGUUGAGGGCAUUGAGUUCCCUCAUUUACAAGUCAUGGCCUUCUACACCUUACCUGAGUUCCAAACUUUCUGGCCAACAGUCAACAACUCCAUCACACACUCAAAUCCUCUUUUUCAUGAAAAGGUCUGCUUCUACUUCUCU